GCAGUUACGAAACGCGCGCCGCACAGCUGACAGGCGUUUACGCUACAGGGAAGUUGAAAAGUCCACUUUCGUUUUGUGUCUUUUGAUUACGAGCGACAAAGAUGAAGCUGUUGUUUGCGCUUCUUGUGGUGGUGCCUCUCGUGUUUUGUGACCCCUGCCCAUGUGAGGACCCGUCGCUGUGCGAGCCGAUCGCAGACGAGAAGGACUUCGAGUUGUUUGUAUUUGAUGUCGGUGGAAAGGACUGGCAGUUUUAUGACUGGUCAAAAGUAACAACAAUAGCUACAUUUGGAAAGUACGACCCUGAGCUUUUGUGCUUUGCUCAUUCCAAAGGAGUCCGGUUAGUUUUGAAAGGUGACGUUCCCAUUGUGGAUAUUGUUGACCCAGCCAAUAGGACUGCUUGGAUUAAUAACAAAGUAACUUUGGCAAAAAAACAAUUCAUGGAUGGAAUUAACCUUGAUAUAGAGCAGGAGGUGAACAAGACUUCACCAGAGUACUGGGCUUUAACUGCACUGGUGAAGGAGACUACCGAAGCCUUUCAUCGGGAGAUCCCCGGGUCACAGGUAUCUUUUGAUGUUGCUUGGUCUCCAAAUUGUAUAGAUAACAGGUGUUAUGACUAUGCUGCUAUUGCAGAAUCCUGUGACCUUGUAUUUGUGAUGUCCUAUGAUGAGCAGAGCCAAAUUUGGAAUGAAUGUAUUGCCAGGGCAAAUGCUCCAGUUAAUCAGACCUUGAUGGGUUAUGAUGAUUAUUUGAAAAUGAAAAUAAAUCCCAAGAAGCUUGUUAUGGGUGUACCCUGGUAUGGAUAUGACUAUGUAUGCAUGGAGCUGACACAGAAAAAUGUGUGCACAAUUGCCAAAGUUCCUUUCAGAGGUGCUCCAUGCAGUGAUGCCGCAGGAAGGCAGAUUCCUUACAAGACAAUGAUGAAGCAGAUAAACAGCUCUAUGUCAGGUGGGCUUUGGGAUGAUGUUCAGCUUGCACCUUACUACAAUUAUAAGGACAUAAAGGGGAACAUUCAUCAGGUAUGGUAUGAUGACCCACACAGCAUUUCUUUGAAGGCGCGCUAUAUAAAAGAUCGCGGACUGCGAGGUAUUGGAAUGUGGAACGGCAAUCUUCUAGACUACAGUAAUGAUACAGUAGCACGGCAGCAGUCCACAGACAUGUGGAAGGCUCUUAUACCUCAGGAGAUACCAUUAGUGCCCUAAAGGAGCUGCUUUCUCAAUAUUAAAUGAUUAUUUGAAGCGAACAAUGACAACGACUUUUCUAAAGCAGAAUGGUCUGGUGCUUUUUCAAGAAAUUAAUUCCUUGAUUUCUGAUGUCUUCAUUUGUCAUAAGUAUAAUAAAUUUGUUCUUUACAUGAUGAUAAUGGAAAAAUAACACUGACCAAUGUAACUAAUA